CCUACCUCCACAAAUCUGAAGAAUUUCGCUCUUCGUGGCGACAAACUCGCUUCCGUUGGAGACAAAACUUCUAGUACAACUUUGAAUCGUGCUGGUCGUGCUGUCGCUGGAGGCCAAGGAAGUGGGCUUGGGUUGAAAGACAUUUUGGGUGAGAAAAUGUUUGCAAAAUUGGCUGCAGGGGGAAGUCUUUCAGGCCUGACUAAAGAGGAUUCCUCUUCUGUUGCCAGUGGGAAUGGGACCUCUGCUCCAGGUCGCAAGAAAAAGAAAUCUACAUCGGAGCGCAUUGAAUCCGAUGAUCAGAAUGCAGCUAAUGGAGACAAAGAUGGUAAAGAAGUGGAGGAAGAAGGCGAUGCUGAAGAUUCUCCUGACUCCGGUGACGAAGAUGACGAUGAUGCAGACAGCGAGCUAGACGAUGUGAACGGAGUUAAUGGUGGUUGCUCGUCAUCCACAGAUUACUAUGAUUCUGACUUAGAACUAAUGUCGACUAGUGAGCGUGAUCGGCAUCGGGAGCGGAAGCGAAAAUGUGCGGAGAAGCGGCCAGCUCGGGACUCUGGAAGCAAGUCGAAGUCCCGUCAGAGUGGAUUAAAUGGAGCAGGAGGCACUGGUAGUGGUAGGCGUAAGCAGCAUUAUGCAAGUAGUAGCACUUGUUCACCUCUCGGCUAUGCUAGCGGUGAUAAUUCAUCGCGGUCGGACUCGUCGGAUGAGGACAAAUGGGACCCAGAUGCACUUUUUGACAACUUUCUUGCUCGCCAAUCAGAAUGGGCACGUGAUUCAGCUUCCCGCAACCAGACUCCUCGUUCUCCGGGUACUUUAGAUUCAGGCUAUUCUGGUUCCGGUUCAGGCGAUAGCCUCUGGGCUGACGAUUCAACACGUGAUCGCUUACGCCGCUAUUUAAUUGGCUCAUCGGCUUCUGAUCAAAGUACAUCUGGAUUGACGCUGACUGGUGGAUCCUCAUCAGAUGCUCUAGAGACAGCUAACACAAAGCGCAGUAUCGGUGGUACUGGUGUCUCUGAAGAGGAGGCGCGCCGUCAGUGCCAAGAGAUGCAAACAUUACUCUUGCGUGCCAUUGAGCGGUUGGGCAGAAAGCUGCCUCCCAGCUCACUUGAUGAGCUAAUUCACAGGUUAGGAGGACCUCAAGGUGUUGCUGAGAUGACUGGCAGAAAAGGCCGAAUUGUGAGUGAUGAAGCCGGCGUUGUCGCUUAUGAAUCGCGUCGAGAGCCAGAUGUUAACCUGGAGGUGCUGAAUCUGACCGAGAAACGUCGAUUUAUGGAUGGGGAAAAGCUAAUCGCUAUAAUCUCGGAGGCGGCUAGUAGCGGCAUCUCAUUACAGGCUGAUCGCCGAGCUAUUAACCAACGGCGCCGAGUUCAUAUCACACUAGAGUUGCCGUGGAGCGCAGACCGAGCUAUACAGCAAUUUGGUAGAACUCAUCGAUCUAAUCAAGUAAGUCUGCCAUUAUUUUACGAGGCUCCUUUCCGAGUAUUUUUCGUUCAAAACUUUUCUUCCAAAUAG